AUGAAUAACAACAAAAAUACUUUUUAUAAUUCAACAAAUACAUUUUACGAACAAGAAUAUUCAACUAAGACAAAAAAAUCUGCAUCAGAACAAUUAUCAGAAAAUUUUGGAAGAAUUGUUGACAAUUUACCAAAUAAAAUUCCUUCAGAUAUUCGUUUACAUUUACAAAAAGUUUAUUCAACAGCUGCUCUUUGCCUUUUAUGUUCUCUUUUUGGAAUUUUCUUUCGAGGAAUUUUUAAUUUUAAUGCUUUUCUACACAAAUUUGUUACUUUUUUAAUUUUUUGUUUGUUUAUUGGUUUGGGAUUUUGUAGUUACAAACAAAAUUUGGAAGUUAAACGUUUUUAUGGUCUUUUAACGCUUUCCUGGUUAAUUGGAAUUAAAUUUUGGUCAUUUUUUGAAUUUUUCGGUUUUGAAUAUCCUGGACAUAUUGAAUUUAAUUUCUUUUUUGGAGCUUUGAUUGUUUAUGCUUCCUUUGCUUUGUCUGUUAUUCAUUCAGAGUCAAUUCAAUGUCUUCAUCUUUGUGCUACUUUUCUGUCAACUUUAUUUUCUUUUUUGUUGACUUUUUUUGUUGCUCCAAAUUUUAUUUACCCAACAAUUCUUUGGAGUGUGUUAACGACAAAUGCUCUUUUUGUCAUUUAUGAUACUCAAAUGAUUACAGAGAAACGCCAACAAAAGGAUACUGAUUAUAUUUGGCAUACGGUAAUUUUUAAUAUUUUUGAAUGGGGGUUUUGGAAUUUAAUAGUCGGGGUGUUCCAGUAAAAGUUCGGCAGAUGUUAAAGUAGUUAAUGAGCAGAAGCUUUUUUCUGAUUUCUAGAAAUCUCCGUUGGGUGUGACUAGUUUUUUCGA